UAGCUUGGGCUCGAUGGACGUAAAGCUAUCUAUAGGAGAGGAGGAGGUUGGCAUGGACGCCUCGAUCCGGGAGUUGGUCCAGAAGGAUGAAGGAGGAACUUCCCUGAAUAUGUUAGACGAUGGAAGGGAUUCUAUGAAGGAAGAAAAAACUGCUCGAACCGCGGAGCAACAAGAUCCAGCAGAAGUGUACGCAGCCGCUAGAAAACUGGCCGAUGUCAUCAAAGGCGCCAAUGUCGAAGAUAUCAUUUCCACGAUCGAAACGCUUGCCCGUCAAACUGAUUCGUCUGCCAUUUUCAAUUUCCGGGGGCUAUCGUGGGGUUCGCUGCUCCACAUUGCAGCAGCCACCGGCAAGAGCAACAUCCUGAGGCUUCUGCUUGAUCAUGUCGAUGCCCACCUCAUAGCCGCCCAAGAUGAUUGGGGAAAUACCCCUCUCCACAUCGCCACUAAGGCCAAGGCAUUAGAAGUCGCCCGUAUGUUGAUUCGCCGGGCAAGAGACCUCCCCAACUUCGAGGAGAUCCUGAUGAUAAAAAACAAACAUGGAAACACCGCUUUGCACGAGGCCGUGCUUUCUCGUGACGUUGGCCUAGUGAGUUUGUUGAUGGAAGAUUUGGAGCCCGUGUACUGGGAGAACGUGGAUAGGAAAUGUCCCCUGUACCUGGCCCUUGACACCGACAACUCAGAGAUACUUCGGGUUUUAUUUUCGCUCUCGCUCGAACCAUCGAGGAUACAAGGCAUGCCGCCCAUUCAUGGUGCCAUUGUGCGUUGUAACUAUGAUUUAGUUGCCAAGAUACUCGAAUGGAACAUGAAGCUAUUUGCAAUGAUCGACUCCAGAGGCGGUAAUGUGUUCCAUUUAGCAGCUUUCUUGAAUAAGCGCCGAGUAUUCAAAUUCUUACGACCAGAAACUGAAUAUUUGGCCCGAGAACGGGACAUGAAUGGGGAUCUUCCCAUUCAUAUUGCGAGCAAGAUGGGUCAUGUUGCACUAAUCAAGAAGCUACUUCCGGUAUCACAGUUGGUAAAUGCCCGAGGAGAAUCCAUUCUUCAUGUGGCAGCAAAAUACGGGAGAGCUUCAGCGGUUACAUAUAUACUCGGACAUCCAGAUUUGGGGAUGCUGAUAAAUGAAAGAGAUCACGAUGGAAAUACACCUUCACACUUGGCAGCGAAGUAUUUACAACCCUCCGCUUUGAUUCAUCUUCUGCUGGAUGAAAGAGUUAACCCCUUCCUUCUCAACCACCAACGCUUGGCUGCUCUCGACAUUGCUGUAAAAGACCGACGGAGAGGGUUACGCCCGGCCUUGGUAUUCACACUGUUGAUGGGCGCGUCACAUAAGAGAUUAGAUCUAAUCAUACUUAAGCCGGAAGCUAGAGAUAAAGAGUUUCCAAGGUUGGACGCGGACGAAAUUUUGCCAGCGCCUGGCCGAGUGAGGAACAUAAUCAAUACUUUGUUGUUGGUGGCAACGCUUGUGACCACUGUGACUUUCACAGCUGGUUUCGCAAUUCCCGGAGGAUUGAACGGCUCAGACCCGGCCUCCAAAGAUUACCGGGGCAUGGCUACGAUGCUGGACAAUAGAAUGUUCCAGGCCUUCACAAUUUGCAACACCUUCGCGAUGUUCUGCUCAAUGACCUCGGUCGUUGGCUUCAUGUUGGCGUACCUGACCGGCAUCCCCUUAGCAACAGCUUCAUGUCGGCUUGCAGGAUUGCUACUAUCAAUUGCACUCCUGCCAAUGUCCGCCGCUUUCUUACUUGGUGUCACCUUGACCGUUGGCAAACUCCCUUGGCUUGCCACAACGAUAUUAAUUUUGGGAUCCAUUUUCUUCCUCAUCAUCACAGGCGCUUUAUUCUCAAUGUUCAUUGUUCCAUUAUCAGGCUGCUUCAUCUAUUUUCGGAACCACCUUCAUCCUAUCCGUCCUCUGGUAUACUGGUUUAUUCACGCUUACAUUAAUAUUUUUCGAGAGACGUUCAUUUUGGAUGACACAAAAGAGGACAGAACGGCGAGGAAGACCUCUGCUAGUCCGCCUCUGGAUGGUGGCCGUGAAGAUUGAUUUGCAGAAACAGAUACAUAUUUGCCUUGGUGGAUUUGGCUAAUUCUAUACUUGCUUUCCUAUUGUAUUACAUUAAA